UGUAAAUUGUAAUUUUUCAAAGCAGAAAUGCAAUGCAUUUUCAUUAUUUUUAGAACAGGGCUUUUUCUUGUUUAAGUUUUCCUCCUCGGGAGUGUCAGUAAAACGAACUUAUAGUCGUUACAUAUCUUCAAAGUAAAUCAGUAAACAAGUUUUAUGCGUUAACUGACAAUUUCCAUAUUGAAGUGAACCAGUAUUGAUUGUGUUUAUUGAAAUAAAAUUAAAAGAAUGUUACGGGAGUUGUAAAAAGGUAAUCGCCCAAUAAUAUACUCAUAAUAGACUGGAUCAAAAGUAAUUGAGAAACUUAUCGGAAUGAAUCUCGAUAACUCGUCGAGAGAAAAUUCCGAAGCCUUGGAUUCCAUCGGUACCGUAAGUCCGAGAGAAAAAUAUCACAGUAUGAGAGAAAAGAAAUUAUCGACUGCUUCACUAACAAACUCCGAAGGAGCUCGUCCAAAAGUGGUAACCGUGAAACAUCCUGAGUCAAACAAGCCUAAGCCUACAGCCAAGAAGAACAAACCCAUUCAAGCCGAUUUAGAUGUCAUCAAAGAGUUUGUGCGAUGCCGCGAGGAAGGCGUCAAGCGACUAGAUUUAAGCAAAUCUAGCAUCACAUCUCUACCCCCUAAUGUCAGAGACCUGACACAUUUGGUUGAAUUUUAUUUAUAUGGAAAUAAAUUAGUAGCUCUUCCUGCUGAAUUUGGUUGUCUGACUAAUUUGCAGACACUAGCAUUAAAUGAAAAUUCUUUAACAAGCUUACCUGAUUCUCUUGCAAAUUUAAAAUGCCUGAAGGUAUUGGAUUUGCGACAUAAUAAAUUAAGCGAUAUUCCUGAUGUUGUAUAUAAGUUGACAUCAUUAACAACACUGUUUCUACGAUUUAAUAGAAUUCGAGUUGUUUGUGAUGGCAUUGCCAAUCUUACAAACUUAACUAUGCUCAGUUUAAGAGAAAAUAAGAUCAAAGAAUUGUCCUCUGGGAUUGGUAAACUGGUUAAUUUGGUAACAUUUGAUGUCUCACAUAACCACUUGGAACAUUUACCCCAAGAAAUUGGUUUUUGCGUUAAUCUGUCUACUCUUGAUUUGCAACAUAAUGAAUUGCUGGAUAUCCCUGAGACAAUAGGUAACCUCCAAUCACUGACUCGUCUCGGUCUUCGUUACAACCGACUGACUGCCAUUCCUGCAAGCUUAAGCAACUGCAAACAUAUGGAUGAGUUCAAUGUAGAAGGCAAUUCUAUUUCGCAACUCCCCGAAGGUUUGCUUGCCAGUCUUAAUGAAUUGACAAGCAUUACUCUCUCUAGAAAUUCCUUUAUGAGUUAUCCCUCUGGAGGACCUGCUCAAUUUACUAAUGCAUUUUCCAUAAAUCUAGAGCAUAACCAAAUUGAUAAAAUACCAUAUGGUAUAUUCUCAAGAGCUAAAAGUUUGACCAAACUGAACAUGAAAGAGAACUUGCUGACAUCUCUACCCCUUGACAUUGGCACAUGGAUCAACAUGGUGGAGCUUAAUUUAGGCACAAACCAAUUGCUGAAAUUGCCUGAUGAUAUUCAAUGCCUUCAGAACUUGGAGGUAUUAAUACUAUCCAACAAUUUGUUAAAACGAAUCCCACCUAGCAUUGGUAGCUUAAGAAAGCUUAGAGUUUUAGAUUUGGAAGAGAACAAGCUGGAAGUUCUACCAAAUGAAAUAGGAUUUUUGCAUGACUUGCAAAAAUUGAUUGUGCAAUCCAAUCAGCUAACUACAUUGCCUCGAUCCAUUGGUCAUUUGAUUAAUCUUACAUUUCUUAGUGUUGGUGAAAACAAUCUGCAGUAUUUGCCUGAAGAAAUUGGCACACUUGAGAACUUGGAAUCAUUGUAUUUGAAUGAUAAUCCAAAUUUAUUUAACUUACCGUUUGAGUUAGCUCUUUGUGUGAGCUUACAGAUAAUGAGUAUUGAGAAUUGUCCUUUGACUGCUAUUCCACCUGAGGUGGUAUCUUCAGGUCCGUCAUUGGUUAUUCAAUAUUUGAAAUCGCAAGGCCCAUACAGGGCCAUGUGAUAUAAGGAAGUUGACAGCCUAGUGAAUGAGGGCAUUUAAACUUGAAAGAGCAUAAUUUCUUCAAAAUAUCUACAGCUUACCUUGAAUUUUGUCAACAAUGAUUAAAAAUCAUACA